CUGAUUGGUCAUCGCAGCUGUACGUCUCAGAGAAGGUCAUGUUUAUGGUACCGAAGUAAUGGCGUAUCUUGCACAAAAGAAGCACAAGCCAGGAUGUCUCUAAAUAACGCGUCACUAUGUUUACAGAGGUUAUUCCUCUUCCAUUUGAGACACAUAAGGAAGAAAUCCUUCUACACCCAUACCAUAUUACCCCAAACUGAACGUCUGUACUGUAGUGUUCAUGGCUUGCAGUGUAACAGUGGGGAUUUAUGCACUUCGCCCUCCCCAUGUGCUUUAAGUCAGAGUCGGACAGAUGCUUCAGAUCCUGAUCCUGGUCCUCCACCUCCUCCGACGUGCUGCUGCAUGAGCGGCUGUCAUAACUGCGUGUGGAUCGAGUAUGCUGCAGAGCUGCUAAAGUACUACGGCGAUGCGGUCAUGGGGUGGAAAUAGGGAUGACACCUCUUACGCCAGAUUUACUUGUGUUUUUGGAGGUCGAUUUUUAGAAGUCUUUGAAUUUGCAAUACCAAAACUAUUGUAAUGUUUUUUUAGUAUCGUCUCCAGUCCCGGUUCCGAUUGUGAAUGCAUAAUCAAUGUGUUGCACAAAUGCCCAUGUUGUAAUAAAAUUUUUAGAAAUGGAAAA